AUGGCUGACGCUCUCAAAGCCGAAGGCAACAAGGCCUUCUCUGCAAAGGAUUACUCCACCGCCGUGGACAAGUUCACUCAGGCCAUCGCCAUCGAACCCGAAAACCACAUCCUCUACUCCAACCGUUCCGCCGUCUACUCUGCCCAGGGCGAGUAUCAGAAAGCUCUCGACGACGCCAACAAGGCCACCGAGAUCAAGCCCGACUGGUCCAAGGGCUGGAGCCGGAAGGGAGCCGCCUACCGUGGCUUGGGAGACCUUCUCGCCGCCCAUGACGCAUACGAGGAGGCACUGAAGAUUGAGCCCGGCAACGAUCAGGCCAAGUCCGGUCUGAGCGCCGUUCAGAGAGCCAUCAAUGCCGAGGCCCAGGCCGACGGUGUCACCGGGGACCCUAUGGGCGGCCUCGGUGGCAUCUUCAAUGACCCCCAGCUUUUCCAGAAACUGGCCAACAACCCCAAAACCUCCGGUCUUCUCGCCGACGCCGAGUUCAUGGCGAAGUUGCAGCGUGUGAAGGAGAACCCGAACAGCGUGGGUGAGGAGAUCAAGGAUCCCCGGUUCCUGCAGGUCAUGAGCGUCCUGUUGGGUAUUGACAUGAGCUUCGGCGCUCCCCCCGAGGCCGCCAGCGCUGCCGGUGCGGCCGAGCCCCAGGAGGACGUCCCCAUGCCCGAUGCUCGUCCUCAGCCGAAGAAGGCGCCGGAGCCCGAACCCGAACCCGAGCCGGAAGACGAGGAGGCUGUCGCCAAGAAGAAGGCCAAGGAAGCCGGCGACGCGGAGAAGAAGAUCGGUAACGACUUCUACAAGAAGAAGCAGUUUGAUGAGGCCAUUGAGCACUACACCAAGGCUUGGGAGUUGAACAAGGACGUGACGUACCUGAACAACAUCGGUGCCGCCAAGUUCGAAAAGGGUGAUUUGCAGGGUGCCAUCGAGACUUGCCAGAAGGCCGUCGAGGAGGGCCGUGAGCUCCGUGCCGACUUCAAGACGAUCGCCAAGGCCUUUGCCCGUAUUGGUACGGCGUACGAGAAGCUGGGCGAUCUCAAGCAGGCGAUCGAGUUCUACAACAAGUCGCUCACGGAGCACCGAACCCCCGAUGCCCUUACCAAGCUUCGCAACGCCGAGAAGGCCAAGGACAAGGCCGAGAAGGAGGCUUACAUCGACCCGGCUAAGGCUGAAGAGGCCCGCGAACUCGGACAGAAGAAGUUCCAGGAGGCGGACUGGCCGGGCGCGGUGGAUGCCUUUACCGAGAUGACGAAGCGCGCGCCGCAGGACCCUCGUGGUUACUCGAACCGUGCGGCCGCACUCAUCAAGCUGAUGGCGUUCCCGCAGGCGGUGCAGGACUGCGACGAGGCGAUUGCGCGGGACCCCAAGUUCAUCCGCGCGUACAUCCGCAAGUCGCAGGCGCUGGUGAUCAUGAAGGAGUACAACCGCGCGCUGGAUGCCUGCACGGAAGCCGCCGAGCACGACGAUGGCACGCACGCCCGGGAGAUUGAGCAGCAGCAGCAGAAGUGCCUGGAGGCGCAGUUCAGUGCCCGUGCGGGCGAAACGGAACAGCAGACGAUGGAACGAAUCCAGAACGACCCUGAGAUCAUGUCCAUCCUGCAGGACCCGGUGAUGCAGAGCAUUCUCCAGCAGGCCAAGAGCGACCCGGCGGCUCUGCAGGAGCAUAUGAAGAACGCGCAGGUGCGGUUGAAGAUUCAGAAGUUGAUGGCGGCGGGCGUGAUUCGUCUGGGGCGGUAG